AAUUAACGACAGGGAGGGAAUGGGCGAGCCUGGGAUUUGAAAUGCGAGAGCCGCAGCGUUUUACACGGAUGUGUCGAGGGGAGGUGAUAGUGUUGUGAGCAAAUCUGGAAAUAGAUUGCGACCAAGUUGGGGUGUGGUGCCGGCCCCGCCCUGGUCCAUGCCGACUAGCCCAGCCAGUCAUGCCAUCCCCGAGGUCGUCUCGUCACCUUGUCGCGCUCGUUGCAAUCUGAACUGAGUGGGGAAGGGGGUUUUGCUCAGGACAUUCUCAAGUUACUUGGUUUGCUUCAUAGUGUCAAGGUUCUCAACUACCGACGGCUAUAAGCUAGUGGGCUCCACAUUCUUGUCAACUGCCAAUUACUUCGGAGCUCCUAUCUCAUUACCUUGAUAAAUUUUUAAUCCUCGGAGUUUAUGUCACCGAAGCCCGUCUUUCUUAUCGGAUGUUCAACCGCCGCGCCUGAGGCCACAGGUGAACGUUCUAAGAUCUGGUGCUAUGAACUUCAUAUUUCCUUGAACGUGGAUUAGGAUCAAGCGAUUCACACGAUGGCUACCAUGGAGAAAGAGGAAUCUGCUAACAUAUACAUAGACCAUGAGGACCUAUUCCGAGUUCCACCAUCAUCCAACUGCGACCAAAGCAUAUUGUCCAUGACGAAUAACUGGGGAGACGAGAGACUUACGCAAUGGUUCGAUGGCGCUAUUGACGUCGAAGGAACUCCGGGACUAGGACUCGAUUUGAACCUUGCGGUCGAAGACGAGGACGUGCAGGACAUGGCCUAUAGCGACCGCCUUUGGUCGGGAAUAGAUGAGCCCAUCGUCCUCUCCGAAGGCCGCACUCGGGUUAACUACUACCUUGCGGCUUCCACUGUAGAGUUAGAUGUUCCUGAACCAAAUGAUAGUAUCAGUGCUGCUGACAUGUUGCGGCUUCCUAUCAUACAUGGAUCGUAUUGCGCCCCCGGAGCUAAUUCGUUGAACAAGUAUACGGCGUGGUCUGAGAUGCCCUCGGAUGCGGCUCUCGAGUCCGUAAGUGAUAUGCAUUACGGUUCUAACUCUGAUGGCUCUACACGACCUACUCAAGGACUCGAGGAUCUCUUCGAUGCGGAGGAAGAUCACCAGCUUGAGAUUAUGAGUAACGAUGCUGAUUCCAUAGAACUGACCAUGGAGAUUUUGUCCGAUGGCGUAAUGAGCGUCAGCUUGGAAGAAGAAUCGGACGAUGACUCCCUGCAAGAGCUUAUUGCCUACCGGAGAUCUAGUUCGAGCAGUCGACAUGAGUUCGAGUACGAAUUGAUGCAAUCGCCAAUUCGUCCUGGGACGGGAUUCACCGCAAGGAAGAAAAUGAUGCACGAAUGGGUCAACCAGGGAGAAUCAACGUUUAUAGUUCCAGACAAUAUCAAGGGGGCAGAUCCAGAGGAGAAAAUCACAAUAGGGAACGGUCCGCAUGAUAUUCUCCAACCAAGGGAAAUGCUUUCACAACCGGGCGACUCCCGGUGGGCCGAGCAGCUCUUGAACCUCUGCGCUGGCGCCAUAGCGAGCAAGAACAUCGGCCGCACUCAGCAUCUCAUGUGGGUCUUGAACGAGCUGGCCUCGUUCACGGGCGACGGAAACCAGAGAUUGGCAGCCUACGGCCUCAAGGCACUUUUCUGCCGGAUAACGGGAGGCAAAGAGGCAUCGGCGACAUACAUCCGACCUUUUCAUCAUCAAGAGAAAACCCUAGGCCCGAAGGCAGUUCACCGCGCUCUUGUGACAUUCCACGAAUUUAGUGCGUGGCACCAAGUCGCGUACACCGUGACGAACGAGACUCUUCUGGAAGUGUUUGCGGGAAAGAGCCAUUUGCACAUUGUCGAUGUCGGCAUCAUCAAGGGGUUGCAAUGGCCAAUCCUAAUUGACGCGCUAUCAAAUCGGCCGGGUGGACCUCCGACGAAGCUGAGGAUCACCACCAUCAGACACCAAAAUGCUACGGCUAAAACUACGGGCAGCAAACAAGUCGACGCUGAAUCGGCAGAUUUCAUGAGCCGUUUAGUGACAUUUGCUAAAGUUCUUGGUCUUCACUGUGAGCUCAACAUGUAUGUCGGCCCUCUGGAGAAUAUCAAGAAAGAAGACCUCAAACUUGAAGAUGGAGAGGUUUUGGCGGUCUGCUGCCAAUUUCGUUUACAUAGAUUAUCAAACCUAGUUCCUAAGAGUUCUCGUCACAGUCCAACACCUCACCUCUCCCCUCGCGACGCAUUUCUAGAUUUCCUGUCGUCAUUGAAGCCCAGUGUCCUGGUGGUGAGCGAGAACGACGCAGACAUGCUCUCCGAGAACUUCCUCACGCGCUUCAAGGAAAUAAUUAACUUCUGGUGGACAUUCUUCGAUUCCACACAUAUUGCUUUCAACGGGCGAGAACCAGAGGCACAGCAGAUUGUGGAAUACGAAGGGUCCAUGAUUAUGCUCAACGGGAUAGCUUGCGAGGGAGUCGAACGGAUAGAGCGCAACGAUCGCCAGGACAAUUGGAUGAGUCGAAUCCGGCGCGCAGGGUUUGUGCCCAUGUGCAUCAGUGAGGAUACUAAGAAGACGGUCCAGGUGCUACUUCAAAACACCGCAUCGGUGCAUUGGAGUGUCAGGUACAGCCAAAACACUAAUUGCGUGAAUAUGUCCUGGAAGGAUCAGCCAGUGAACUUUACCUCUCUGUGGAAGGCGCCCAGUUGCUCCCGGAAGCUGUGCAAAUGCAAUAUGCUUCACGACUGAGUGACCCUACUGGUUUUUCUGGGACUUAGAUUCUUUUACCUCCAUCCUCUCUCGUGCUGGCUCACAAGGAAGAGCCCCAGCAGUCAAGGUGUGACUAUUCUGUGGCUGCCAUCCCUGAGGCAAAUCCUGAAGCGUAUCUCUUUUGUAGAGCAAUAGCCGAGAAUUCAGAGAGGUAUCGUAUAACUACACAGAUUGUCAGACAUGACACGGAAUUCUGUGGAAGUAUCUAGUGCUUCACCGUGCUGGCCAUGUAAUCGAUUUUGAUCGUGAAUGUUACCAACAUGCAGUACUAUUCCACUGAUUCUGCAA